GCCCGGUGUUAUUUUAAAAAGCAGAUAUGUUUGCUGUUAAGUGGCUUACGUUACACAAAUGACCAUAUAUGGCCAUUGAGAGGCUGUAACUUUGUGAGCGAGUCAGUUUAGUAACAUCGAAUAAGUUUCGCGUUGUGUGUGUGUGUGUGUGUUGGGAAACAUAUCCAAGAGUGCGAGUAUGGAUGCCGGUGGAGGUGUUACGGCUCCGUGUCUCGCUCCGAGCAGCGGGGAGAACACUCAAGCUCCCAAACAUUUAUGGAGACAACAGGAGCAGCUGUCUCUUCAGCCUCAGUCUCAGGCUCAGCUCCACUUCCAGCUCCAGCUCCAGCCUCAGCAGUGCCACGGAGCGCGGAAGUGCUACCGGGUGCGACAGCGCGGCUUCUCGGACAACGAAAAAUAUCUCAAUCCCAGGAAGAUGGAGCGCACGUACGCGGUGGACACCGGCGGUCGCCCCGGGCUGAAGAAAUCCAGGAUGUCCUGGCCAUCAUCGUUUCAGGGACUCCGACGGAGAUCACAUCAUGAACACAAAGAACGUGCUGUACCUUCCUGGAGGAUUUGCCCAGCAAGCAAAGACACCAGAUCUUGACAUUUCCUUUUUUUCCCUCUGUGAUUGUUUUUCCGUG